AUGAAUCUCGAUACAAUCAGCCACGUAGUGGGAUUGAAGAGUCCAGAACAGGUCGAUGGGUUGCUUAAGCCCUUGCGAUCGGUGCUGAACGUCGGAAAAGAAAACAAGCUGGUCACACCCCUUCAUGCGUCAUUUCCGGACUUCAUGCUGUCCGAGGAUCGGUCAAAAGAUCUGUGCUGCGAACGCGGGAGGCGACAUGCGGAAAUGGCAAAGGUCUGCCUUGAGCUGAUCAGCAAGGCCAAGCCGCAGUUCAACAUCUGUGGCUUACCAUCGUCGCACCUUCUAGAUAGCGAGGUAGAAGACCUAGAUGUUAGAAUCAGCAAUUCGAUCGCUAAAGGUCUGCCAUACGCCUGUCAACACUGGCCCACCCACCUCGGGUUUGCGGGGCACCAGGACAAGUUUGUUGGAUUGGUUCACGACUUCUUUUCGUCGAGAUUACUGCUCUGGAUGGAGAUCAUGAAUCUAACGAAACAGAUACACUAUGGGACGGCAAUGAUUCAGAGCGUAAAGAAGUGGUGCAGCGAACAAAAGGCUCCUGAAGGAUUGAUAAAACUAGUGCACGACGCGUCACAGUUCGUGACAGUAUAUGCGAACCAUCCCGUAUCUCUAAGUACCCCCCACAUCUACGUCUCUAUGCUCCCCUUCUGGCCUCCCUGCAGACCCGUUUCUGCGGCGUACAUGCCCAGGACAAUUGGUGUAAUCGAACCGAAAGGGACAGCGAUAGCACGAAGACGACUGGCGCUUAUUGCCACAUGGAAGGUCUCAACUUGGUUGAUCAAGUCGAUCUGUCUUUCAGCCGACGGAAGGCGCCUGGUGGCACCCACCGAGAACAGUAUCGAGGUAUAUGAUACAUCCACUGGCGAGAGUAUAUCCAGCCUCACGAUCGAACGUGCAACGGGUGUCCACUCAGUUGCCACAUCUCCCGAUGGCACUCAAGUCGCUUUUGCCAAAUAUCGUACUGCCUACAUAUGGAAUGUGGUAAUCAAGACACGACUGCCGACCCGUUUCCCAAUCUUACAUGAUGGCGAUGUACAUAUCCACGCUUUGCAUGCCGAUGCUACCAGCGUUAGUCCACUCAAAGGGCAUACCAAAGAGGUCACGUCGAUUGCAUUCUCUCCAGGCGGCUUGCAUCUUGCAUCUGCAUCAUGGGACAAAACUGUGCGAGUGUGGGAUGUACAAACCGGGCAAACGGUGGGUGAGCCAUUUAAGGAGCAUACUAGCUACGUCUUCAGUGUGCGCUAUUCGCCUGAUGGCUCACGCCUUGCCUCGGCUUCUUUGGAUCACUCCAUUCAAGUGCGGGAUGUAAUCUCAGGAGCCAAGGCACCGAAACCACUCACAAUCCACACUCCCGAUCCAGCAUCGAUUGCCUUCUCACCCAGCGGCGCUUUCAUCGCGUCUGGAUCAGGCGACAAGGCCAUCCGAGUAUACGAUGCACGCACCGGUCAGAUCGUGCUAGGUCCGCUGGAGGGUCACACCGACAAGGCCAACUCGGUCAUCUUCUCGCCAGACAGUGCUCGACUCUACUCAUGCUCACGGGAUGGGACUGUGCGCAUAUGGGACGUCCAAGAUCUCGGCGCGGCCCAUACUCUACCAAUAGUACCAGCUCUUUCCUCGGCUGUCUACUGCAUCCGAUAUUCGCACACCGGGCAGCGACUCGUCUCUGGCUCGGAAGAUGGAACGCUGCAUGUGUGGAAUGUGAAGACGGGCGAGUUGGUCAUGGAACCACUGCGAGGUCAUCAAGAAACUGUAUUGUCUGUUGACUACUCACAUAGCAAUGCGUAUAUUGCCUCUAGUUCACUGGAUGGGACACUGAGAAUAUGGGAUGCAUUGUCCGGUGAAGAUAUACAUGGACCAAUCAAGGGACAUAGCGCUGCGGUGCCUGCGAAUAUGGGAUGUCACCAGCGGUCAACAGAUCGUCGAGCUCUUCAGAGCACAAGAAUUCAUGUGAUCACGUCGGUGGACUUCUCUCCGAACGAGCAGCAACUCGCCUUUAGCUAUGGUCAUGACUCAGAUCUAGGAAACUCAGAGGGCCCAGUGGACGGAGCUAUACGAGUGGUUGAUCGAUUCACAGGAGACACGGUGGUUGGUCCGAUCGAUGCACAUGGCUUUAUCUCCUCGAUUGAGUUCUCCUCAGAUGGCAUGCGCCUCGUCUCAGGGUCAUAUGACAAACCAGUGCGAAUAUGGGAUGUGCAGACAGGGAAGCAGCUUGUUGCUUGUGGCGAGGAUGAUGGCGGCACACAUGGUGAUGAUAGCGAUAGUAACGAUGACCGCGCCCAUGGUAACUAUGUCUUUUCUGUGGCAUUCUCACCGAACGGUCGUUACGUUGCAUCUGGCUCUUUUGACGAAACCAUGUGUAUCUGGGAUGCGGAGAACGGCAACCUCAUGUUCGGUCCCCUCAAGGCACACACGAGUCCGGUAUACUGUGUCAAGUUCUCACCCGACAGCUCACACGUCGCAUCGUGCUCAGAAGAUGGGACUAUUCGGUUUUGGAGUUUGGCGAGCUGUGAGGCCAGUGUGCAGGAUAGCAUGUUAACGGCAUCAGACGGCGGUCAACAGCUCGCUCCGAACCUUGAGCGCCAGACUGGGUCCGGCUCUUGGUCACUUGGCGGGGUAGGAUGGGUGGUGCUACACGGUCAUCGAGUGGUCUGGGUCCCAUCCGACCUCCGUCCCCGCCUUACACAUCCUCCAGAAGAAUUUAUGAUUGCUGAUCGAGGAUGCUUGAUUCUCAAUCUCGAUGGACUGGAUGUGGGUGACAAAUGGCAAGACUGCUAUCGACCUUCACACGACGCAUUUACCUAG